AUGGUGAUGAGGCCGAAGAAGAGGACGGUGUGGACCAAUAUCGCCAUCGCACUCGUCUGCAUGUUCCCAAACUCCACCACUCUGCCUCUCCCUGGGAGCUGGAACAGCAGCCCUGGGCUCAGCAGCACGAACAGCACCACUGCUAUCACUACCGGCCCCCAAUCCGCCAUUGCUUUUUUUCUCUGCCUCGAGGGAAACAAUUGGGAAGUUGAGAGACAAAGAGUUAGAGAGGUGAGUGGCUACUUGUGA